AUGCAAAAUUAUCAAAGACAACAACAACAACAAAUGAUGCAAGAAUUACAAUUAAAGGAAGCUAUGGAACUUUUCAAUGAAAUGGUUAGACACUGUGUUGAUAAAUGUGUUGAAGAACCAAAAGGAGACAAGUUAGAUGAUGUUGAAAAGGCUUGUAUCACAAAAUGUGGAGUUAAAUAUAUUAAACACAAUAUGCGUGUUACGGAACGAUUCCAAGCUGGUAUGCAAAAUCAAAAAUAA